AAAAUAAUUCAAACUCACCUCACCUUCACCAUUGUUUGUUCCUCAUUUCUCACUCCUCCACCUUCUCUCUACUUCUUCUUCUUUCUCUUAAAGAAGAAGUAAUGAAGUUUCACUAUUUACACACAGACACACAGUGAAGUUGAGUCAACUAAACCAUUGAAGCUUCUCUCUCUCACUACCAUUUUUUUUUUGAAUUCUUCAUCCAUAUUGAUGUUUACUGCAAAAUGUGCAUUUGCUUCAGCUUGAACUUCAGCUUGAGCUGGAUUGUUAAUGGCAUCAUCAUCAUCAUCGAAAGGGAGAAGCAGUUCACCAUCUCAUUACCGUAAACCUUCAACUCCUUACUCUUCAUCUUCUUCAUCUUCAUCUUCAAUCAUGAACGGUCGGAUGUUGCCACGAUCAUAUUCUUCAUCAACGACGUCUUUUUAUGGCUCUGGGAAUAGCUACAAUUCCAGAUCCAUGACUCCGAGUCAUAGUCGUUCCGAUUCGGUGUACUCACAAGGUUAUGAAAAUCGUACGCCGGUGAGUUAUCCAUCCGAAGAGGAGUUGAUUGAUGAGCCAGCUGAUGAGUCUAGAUCCGGAGAUAGUAUUUCUGUGACGGUUAGGUUUCGGCCAAUGAGUGAACGAGAAUAUCAUAAGGGCGAUGAAAUUGCGUGGUAUGCAGAUGGUGGUAAAACUGUGCGGAACGAGUAUAAUCCAGCUACAGCUUAUGCCUUUGAUAGAGUGUUUGGACCUCAAACAAAUACUCAGGAUGUUUAUGAAGUAGCUGCUCAACCUGUGGUUAAGGCUGCAAUGGAAGGAAUACAUGGCACAGUAUUUGCAUAUGGAGUUACAAGUAGUGGAAAGACACACACUAUGCAUGGAGAUCACAAUACUCCGGGCAUAAUUCCUUUGGCGAUAAAAGAUGUUUUUAGCAUCAUUCAAGAUACUCCUGGACGCGAAUUCUUACUUCGAGUGUCGUAUAUUGAAAUCUACAACGAGGUUAUCAAUGACUUGCUGGAUCCUACUGGCCAGAAUUUGCGUGUCAGGGAAGAUGCACAGGGUACUUAUGUUGAGGGUAUAAAGGAGGAAGUUGUUUUGUCACCCGGCCAUGCUCUUUCAUUCAUUGCUGCCGGGGAAGAGCACCGUCAUGUUGGUUCAAAUAAUUUCAAUUUGUUCAGUAGCCGUAGUCACACGAUAUUUUCUUUGAUGAUUGAAAGUAGUGCCCAUGGUGAUGAGUAUGAUGGAGUGAUCUUCUCACAGCUCAACCUGAUUGAUUUAGCAGGGUCUGAGAGCUCUAAAACUGAAACAACGGGAUUACGGAGAAAGGAAGGAUCAUACAUUAACAAAAGUCUGCUGACUCUAGGAACUGUCAUUGGAAAACUGAGUGAGGGGAAGGCAUGCCAUGUUCCUUAUCGAGAUUCUAAACUUACUCGCUUACUCCAAUCAUCCCUCAGUGGACAUGGACAUGUUUCUCUCAUAUGUACUGUUACUCCUGCUUCAAGCAAUAUGGAGGAAACACAUAAUACGUUAAAGUUUGCAAGUAGGGCUAAACGUGUUGAAAUUUAUGCAUCACGCAACCAGAUAAUUGAUGAAAAGUCUCUGAUUAAGAAAUAUCAGAGGGAAAUAUCAUGUCUGAAACAAGAACUUGAUCAGCUAAGAAGGGGGAUGCUUGUGGGUGUCAAUCAUGAAGAAGUUUUGAACUUGAGACAGCAGUUGGAAGAGGGACAAGUGAAAAUGCAAUCAAGAUUGGAAGAGGAAGAGGAAGAGAAGGCAGCUCUACUUAGUCGGAUACAGAGGCUAACUAAACUGAUCCUUGUUUCUUCAAAGAAUUCAACUCCUGGUUAUUUGGGUGAUGUUGCUUCUCAACAAAGGAGUCUGUCCGCUUCUGAAGAUGAUAAAAUGGACAGUUCUGUGCUCGCAGAUAGCGAGAAUCAGAAAGACCCUUCGCCAGAUAGUUCUGAUUUGAAACACCAAAGAUCCUCUAGCAAGUGGAAUGAUGAUAUAUCACAGGCUGGAAGUACCAUAGAAGGUAUCUCAAUGUCAGAUGAAAUGGACCUCCUGGCUGAGCAAGUUAAGAUGCUUAGCGGAGAGAUUGCAUUCAGCAGCAGUACAUUGAAGCGGUUGAUGGAGCAAUCUGUAAAUGAUCCUGAGAGUUCAAGAAACCAAAUUGAAAAUUUAGAGCGUGAAAUCCAAGAAAAGAGAAAUCAAAUGAGGAUGCUGGAACAGCGCAUUGUUGAAAACGGUGAAGCGUCAGUUUCAAAAGCAUCGUUAGUAGAAAUGCAGCAGCAGACUCUGAUGAAAUUGAUGACACAGUAUAGUCAAACGGGCUUUGAGCUUGAGAUAAAAUCAGCAGACAAUAGGAUUCUUCAGGAGGAGCUGCAAAACAAGUGUUCAGAGAACAAGGAACUGCAGGAAAAGAUAUAUCAUCUUGAGCAGCAGCUGCUUUCAGUCAAGGCUGAGAAGUCAUUCCCAUCAGUGGAACAACGUGUAUCUGCUGAAUAUGUUGAUGAACUUAGAAAGAAAAUUCAGUCCCAGGAUAUUGAGAAUGGUAAACUAAGGCUAGAACAUGUCCAGAUCGUAGAGGAAAAUAGUGGGUUACAUGUACAGAACCAAAAAUUGUCUGAGGAAGCUUUGUAUGCUAAAGAAUUAGCAUCUGCUGCUGCUGUUGAGCUUAAAAACUUAGCUGGUGAAGUCACAAAGCUCUCUUUACAAAAUGGAAAACUAGAGAAAGAGUUGUUGGCUGCUCGAGACAUGUUGAACUCUCGAAGUUCCAUUGCACUAACAGGUAAUGUUGGAAACCGAAAGCAUGGUGAAAACCUACGAACAGGGCGUAGAGGUCGGAUCACUGGCAGAGGAAGUGAAAUUCCUGGAGCGAUUCAUGAUGACUUCAACACUUGGGACCUUGAUCCUGAAGAUUUAAAGAUGGAGUUGCAGGCCAGAAAGCAGCGGGAGGCAGCUCUGGAGGCUGUCUUGUCUGAGAAGGAAGUUGUGGAAGAUGAGUACAGGAAAAAGGUUGAAGAAGGAAAGAAAAGGGAGGCAGCCUUGGAAAACGAUUUAGCAAAUAUGUGGGUGCUUGUUGCUCAGCUGAAGAAAGAGGCUGGUUCUAGGCAAGAUUCAAAGCUGGCAGCUGAAAGGCAGAAUGUAGAAGACAGGCUGAACGAUGUAAAAAUCAAUGAUAUCAACCAAAAGGAGCCAAACCUCGCUGAUAGCCUAUCCGUGAAUCAUACAACUGACAUUGCUGAGGGUCCCAAGGAAGAACCACUUGUUGCUCGCUUGAAGGCUCGAAUGCAAGAGAUGAAGGAAAAGGAACAUAGGCACUUGGGGAAUGGUGAUGCGAAUUCACAUGUGUGUAAAGUGUGUUUUGAAUCACCCACUACUGCAAUGCUUCUACCAUGCCGCCAUUUUUGCUUGUGCAAGUCAUGUUCCCUAGCCUGCUUCGAGUGUCCCAUAUGCCGGACAAAAAUUGUGGAUAGGAUUUUUGCGUUUACUUAAACAUUGUUUUUCAAGCCACGAGUAUGGUGAAGAGAAAGGAUUUCAUUGUCAACUCACCAUUUCAGUGUCAUUCUUUAAUUAGUUCACUUUGUAACCUUAUAAUGAUAUAAAUCAUUUUCCCUUGUUACAUGACAAACUGUAAAAUAAGACACCCCAAAAGAACUGCAGAAAAGGAUGUAAAUGAGUAAAAUCUGAAGGUUUCAUGGAGUUGCUGUGGCAUAUUUAUUUUGAUCUCUUGACCUUCAGCUGCGAUGUAUAGAACAAUACAAACUACCAUAUAGUGUUUUGUCUGUAUAUUCAUGGACAACACUUUUUGGCUCUCUUUUUAAUUUACAUUUUGCAACUUUACUGGAUAUAAAUUAUUUUAUUUUA